AGUUUGAGAGCCUAAACGAUGCAAACCCAGUUCUCUGUGGUGUCUUUGGAGAACUAGCUUUUUCUUCAACCAAGAAAAUCUAUCAAAAGGGGUAAAAAAAAUGGAGCCAGAUCCAACAAGCAAUCCAUCUGCUGCUCCUAGGAAGGUGAAAUUUAAACCAAAAGUUCCUCCUCGUAGAGAAUCCAAACCCGUUUUAAUCAAGAAUGAAGUGAUUGAGAAUGAAGAUGCCAAGACCAGGGAAUUGCUGCAACGAAUCAAUGAAAGUUCUGGUAGGGGAAGGCCUAAAAUUGAAAAGAAAUCGGCACCUGUGCAAGUUGCAUUUGGUCAAGGACAAGCAUCAAAUUUUAUGAGGUCAUAUGGCCCUCCCAGAGGGGCUGGUGCUAGCAGAUCUCAAGAUGGUGCUAACAUGUCAAGCCACAUGUUGGAGAAAGAAUACAUAGAACCAUGGAAUUAUUGUUCUUACUAUCCUCUCACCCUUCCUCUGAGGAGACCAUACUCAGGAAACCCAGUGUUUCUUGAUGAGGAGGAAUUCGGAGAGGCUUCUACGAACAUAACCAAUAAUGAAUAUUCUACAAAUUCAGCUAUAGAGCUUGGGCUAAUGGAAGAACAAGAAGAACAAAAAAUGAUCUUUUUUCAAUUGCCUACAUCUUUGCCUUUAGUAAAGCGAUCAGCGGUUGCUGAGAGCAAUCAGAUAACUGGAAGUGCAGGACCAUCCAGUAAUGUGGGUUCUUCAGAUAAAGGCUGCAGCUUGGAACAAUUAUCAGCUGGUCUAAUGGGUAAAAUGCUAGUGUAUAAAAGUGGGGCAGUCAAGCUGAAGCUUGGAGAUACCCUCUAUGAUGUUUCUCCAGGUUCAGAUUGUGCAUUUGCUCAAGAUGUUGUGGCGGUCAAUACUGAAGAGAAGCAUUGUUGCAUCCUCGGGUUGCCUGACAAGCGCGCCAUCGUUACCCCAAAUGUCAAUUCCCUUUUGAGCAGGAUUGCUGACUUGGAUUAGUAUUCACUCAUUUUUUUCUCCCUCCAACUCUAUUCGUUUCUAGGUAAAACAAGUAUAAUAAAAAAAUCCUCAAGUAAAAUCAGUGCAAAAGAGUAGGAUUUUACUUAAAUUUUUUUUGGAGAAAAUGUAUUGAGUUUCUAAAUCAUAUUAAAUUACAAAGUUAAUAUCUUGGUUGUGGACCUCAUACUACAUAGUUUUGGGGUACUGAGGAGAUAAGAUCAGGAACUGCGGUCAGAAAAUUCUUUUGGAAUCAUUUUUGCUUU